GGCGGUGCCGCCGGACCUGCCGCGCGGAGUGGUGCGGAGCCGGAGUGUGUUCUGCGUGAUGUUGUUUUGUUGUGGCCGUCAGCUGAAUGUGGACCCGCUGUCCGCUCUGACACAGCGGCGGGAAGCCCCCUGACCCCCCCUUGACCCUCCCUCCACAGGACCCGUAGGCUCGGAGAGCGGCUCCAUCCGCGCAUCACAAUCCAGGAAAUGCGGACCGCUGGCCCGUUCGCCACCGGAUAAAUGGCUGCAGCGCUUUUACAGUAGCAAACUGAACAGGCAAGAUGGGUACCGCACAGCAGUCGAUUUAGGAAAUUUGGUGAGGCGAUCCAAACUGCUUCCACCUUGUUUGCACCAUAUUGGAAGCCCCCCCUAAACAAUUGAAUAAUUCUAAAUGAAUCAAGGUGCAACAGCGCAUGCAAGAUGGAUCUAAAAAGGGGCCUGGAAUGGAUCGUUGGCAUUUCCAUUCGUUCCAAUGGGCAAAGAUGUUUUGAAACGCGAAUGAUUUGAGAGCCUGUGAAGCGUCUCUGAGGGGGAAGACCAGACUGCUCUGUCAGAACUCUUCACCCAUCGACGCUAUUGUGGACCAGCAAAGAAGACACGGAAAAGAUUUUGAAUUGGCUGUUAGGAUGGCUGCAGCUGGGCAGACGAAGAGUUUCUCGAUACCAAGAGCUGAACUAUGUUUACUUACGUCAGUGCUGCUCCAGGGCACAUUUUAACAAUGCCUCACUUGGUCCUCUUGAAUAACUUCAGGCCCACGCUGAUAGAGGCGCUUUGGUGUGAUUUACAAUCACCGUCCACAACCCCUUGUCUCUGACCUCCCUGCUGCCAUGUGAUUAGCCCCAUGAGGCUCCAAGAGCCCUUGCGUGUGUGUCUGUGAGGCCUCCUCCUCACCCUAUGGAGGCUGAGCCCAGCCAUCCGGGUGAUGGGGAUCGCUCUGGAAGACAAGAGCAGCAGCAUGUGACGACGGAAUCCUCCUUUGAGUCUUCUCCGCAGCCCCAGCAGCUAACGAAUCCUCGUCCGGUACACAGAGCUUUGGGGCGACUGCAAACCCGCCAACCCAAACGUGCUGAUCUUCUUCGGUUACAACAGCAAGCAGUAGCAUGGCAGCAUACGGAAAACCCAGGUCCUUCAGGAGGCAGCUUUUUCUCUCCAGGUUCCGCAUCAACUUCAUCUCAUCACUCUUCAUCCUCCACCCAGGUUGAACAUGGCCAAAAGAUCUCGCAUCAGUCAAGCCAAGAGACAAAAGAAGGGGUUAGCUCUCCUAGGAAAGGAGAGAAGAAACCUCAAAAACCAGGGAAAUAUGUGUGCACUUACUGCGGUCGUCCAUGUGCCAAGCCGAGUGUUCUUCAGAAACACAUUCGCUCCCAUACAGGUGAAAGACCUUAUCCUUGCGCCCCUUGCGGCUUUUCUUUCAAGACCAAGAGUAACCUAUACAAGCACCGAAAGUCCCACGCCCAUCGCAUCAAAGCAGGCCUUGCAUCCAGUCGAGACGAACCCAGUUUAAGCGGGCCGGACUGCAGAGGAAUCGGAGAAGACGUUGAGGAACAUACAGAAGGAGAAAGCACUGAGUCAGAAGAUGAGACAGGCCACCACAAAAAGUCUUCUCAGGAGAUUUUGGCCCGGCAGAAGAAACGUGGUAAGGAGCCACCAGGAGGAUCGGAGGAGAGCCAGAAGCCUGAAGAUACUCAAGCUGUCAAGCAAAGGCUCGCAUUGAGGCUUAGUGAAAGAAAACGUGGACCAAUAGCUUCACCCGAUGAUCCUCCUUCAUCCCUCUCAACUUCAUCUUCUUCUCUUGGCCCUGGCAGUAAAGGCAGCACAGAGUCUGGUUACUUUUCCGGAUCUGGAAGCACCGAUCUGUCCCAUCUUAGCCCUCCUAGUGCAAGUGCCAAAACCUACGCGGAAAUCAUUCUUGGGAAAUAUGGAAGGUUGGGAGGACAGCAGCGUACUUCACAUCCACAACAUUCUCAGUCCCCGCUCUCCUCACUGUCUGGAACAGAGGAAAAGAGUAUUCCCUUUGCUGUCCCCAAAACUCAAGUCAUAGAACACAUCACAAAGCUUAUAACCAUCAAUGAAGCCGUGGUAGACACCAGUGAGAUUGACAGCGUGAAGCCCAGGCGCUCUUCUCUAUCCAGGAAAAGUAGCCUCGAGUCACCCAAAUCGACUACCCCCAAAGACCCCUACAUCUUCGACCCUAAGGGAGAAGCGCCUGGUCCCAGUGGGUUAAGGCACCUUCAGAAUCCAGAAACAGACCAACCAAUCACAUUGUCCACAGUGCCCCUUCUACGAAGCCGCUCGAUGCCAUCAUCAAGCAGUCAAUUAGAAUCUUCUGCAUCUGGAACAAGGUCCAAAAGAGGCUACCGUCUCUGCCAUUCGUUUGACGAGCAGCAGGCCAUGACGACGGAGAUUAAUAUCGGUCAUGCCCACCGUAUGUUAAGGCGACAACCUGCCAUAGAGGUUCCCUUGGGAUCUGAACUUAUGCUGGAGGAGAUUCCCCCGAACCCUUCCCCUUCAACCAGUGUCUCUGACACAACCAGUCAUCCAGAACAACAAGCACCACAAAAUCCAUUUGAAUGCAAAGUAUGUGGAACAUGCCUCCAGCAUGCUGAUAGCUUCAGAACCCACCAAGGUGUGUGCAUGGCCCAGCAAACACUGGAACAGGAGAGCGGCGAUCCAAGUAAAACCGGCAGAGACGAUCGCCCUCAGAUGAUGAUGCACUAUAAGUUCAGAGCACUGGCAAUGGCUGUGAGGAAGAGGAGGAAAGAGGAGAGUAUAGAAGAGGAUCUUCCAAGUCCUGGGUCCGGAACCGUGUCAGGGAGUUCUGCAGGCAUCAUUCCAGUGGCAGGCCCACCAGGACCCAGCCAAGCGCUCUCAGGUGGUACCGUACAGACGGAGUCGGGACAACAGCAACAUCGAGAUCGGAAGGGCGUGUCUGUAAUCCAGCACACAAGUUCCUUUGAAAAGCAAGAGAGCCUCUCGAUGGAAAGCGAGGGCUCAGAUGUGAAAGAGGUUCACCAAGCACAACAACCUCAUCCCAAACCAUCACCUUCUGCAUCUCGCCUCAUCCGCCAGCCCAACAUUCAAGUGCCAGAGAUUCUUGUUACAGUGGAGCCCGAUACCGACAUGCCAUCUGUGUCACCACCAGUGACCGCGUCUUCCUCUAAGGAGGCAGAUAAAGUGGAGGAGUUUCAGUGGCCGCAACGUAGCCAGACUCUUGCCCAGCUCCCUGCAGAGAAAUUGCCCCCAAAAAAGAAAAGACUCCGCUUAGCCGAGGCAGCGCAAUCCUCUGGGGAGUCUAGCUUUGAGUCUGUGUCCUUGCCUCGCAGCCCCAGUCAGGAGAGCAGCAUGUCCCACACUUCAAGUCUUUCUGCUUCUUAUGAGGAUCCCACGAGGUCAGAGCCUACAGUCUGGGGCACCGGUAGCCAAAGUACCCAAAUGUUGACAGUGCCAUCUACUUCCCAACAACACAACCAAAGCCACAAGGAAAUGAGGCGAUCAGCUUCAGAGCAAGCGCCUCAGAAACCAGAGCAGGUCUCCGAUAAUAGAAGUAAAUCUUUUGACUUGGGAUCCUUAUCCUCUCAGCAGUCGGCAUCCUCCUGGAAAGAACGGCGCAAGUGUCUUCUUGUGAAGCACGCGACCUUAGGGGAACCAGAGCAAGAGGAUGGAGCCAGAGCGGAGAGUCCAAAGCCUGGGCCGUCCCACUCGAGUCAUCCUCUUUUCUAUUCAAGCUCCCACUUCAACCCGGAAGAGACAGGGAAUGUCUUACAGUUGUUACAGCCACGAGAUAUUCCUCCUUCUCAUGAAAUCGUCCAACAGACAUUACAUCCGGGACCUCGAUCCCAGCUCCUCCCAGUCACCACCAUGUGCCAGUUUAGAACCUUUUUACAUUCGCAAACCGAUGGACCUCUACAGGUACACCCAAUGCAGAUCCACAUGGCUGAACAAAUGGGUAUACCAUUCCACCAGCUCCCUGCUCUAGUUCCUGUCCAGUUUCCUCUCAGUGUGAGUCAGUCCCUGUGCCUCCCCGCCCCGCCAAUACAUUCCGCAGACGGAAGCACCGCUUACCCCUACCCGCGCCCCCUCAUUGCCACAUGUGUGGCACAGCUCACACCAUCGGUGUCUCUUGUGGUUCCGGUCCGCCUCCAAACCCACAUACCUACCUAUACACGAGCCAUGUACACCACCCUGUCCCAGAUCCUGACCUCCGCUUGUCCACGGGAGCCUAUUUCAUGCACGACCAUGACAAUCAUGGGCAAAAUAGAAAGGGACAAGUUCCAGAGGUCUUAUUUGAAGGUCCCCACACCAAACAUUAAGAUCCACCUUCCUGGGGAACUGCAGUCACCUUUUGUCGAGGAGUACGGUCCACUUGGAGCCGGGGGGAGUAAACGUAUGCUCUCACCUGCAGCCAGUCUUGAGCUCAGUACUGAGGCCCAACGUCACCAGAAAAGGGUCAAAGAGGAAGGGGAAGGGGAGCGACACAAGCCUGAAGGAGAGGUGGAGGAUGUCGACAGUAAGAUACAGAAGGAAGGAGGAAGUCAAACUGGUGGGGAACAACUCGAAGAGGUUGAGAAGAAAAAGGAGCUUGCAAGCAUCUCCACACCUGUAAAAAAAGAAGGGGAGCUCAAUCCUAGGCAAUUUAACAAGGAGGAAAAACAUGUGGAUGAAGCCAUUGUGAGAAGUCAAAAGGAGGAGGAGCUUAAGGAGAUGGGGAUCGGAAGAGCAACCGCCCGUUCAUACCCGAGCCUAGACACGUUAACCUCUGUCAACUGGUGCUACCUGAACUAUGUUAAACCCAACCCAACUGUUCAGAGGGACCCUCGCAACUCAGUCUAUUCUACCUGGAGUGUCAGCGGACACAACCCAAACUUGCCAGGUGUCAGCACUAAGGUGGCCUUGUCUCUGCUGUGCUCCAAACAGAAGUUUAGCAGAGAGACGUAUACCGUCGCCACGGCUCCAAACCUAGCCAAAACGGAAAAUCCCCCCGCAAGUAGCAGCACCCCACGAAUGUCAGAGGUACAUCCGAUCACAGCCCGUUCCUCCAGCGACGUAACAGAUCACCAGCAUGAAAAAGAGGAGACUAAAGACACAAGGGAAGAGGAGAGACCUUCCACCUCAAAACAGUGCGAAACAUCUCGCGUUCGCAUCUUUGAAGGCGGGUAUAAGUCUAACGAAGAGUAUAUUUACGUUCGAGGGCGUGGCAGAGGAAAGUACAUAUGCGGGGAGUGCGGCAUCCGCUGUAAGAAGCCCAGCAUGCUGAAGAAGCACAUCCGAACACACACCGAUGUCCGUCCGUACAUUUGCAAACACUGCAACUUUGCCUUCAAAACCAAAGGGAACCUUACCAAACACAUGAAGUCAAAAGCUCAUGGGAAAAAGUGCCAGGCGAUGGGAGUGUCCGAACCGUCCGCCGAUGAACCGGAGAGCGAGGAAACAGCAGGGAGUGAUGAACGUGCGUGCUACUCUGAGGAACAGGAAGAGCACCAGUUUUCCAACGCGGAGGAGUCCGAGGACGAUGAUGACGACGAUGAUGACGACGACGACGACGAUGGGGAAGAGUCUCACGAGGAACCCCCUUCUUCCUGUUCAUCGGAUACCUUGCCGUCAACAGGGGGUCGCUCCAAAUGCAGCGCUCGCUCCCCGCAGUGUACUCCGGAGCCCGAGCUAAGUCCGACCCCGGGUCUGGAGACCUCCCAAAGAGGGGCUCUGAACAGCAGACGAGCCGCUUCGCCGGGCAGCAGGAGAGCUCUGUUCUCCCGACGGAGCUGGAAGGCAUCACCAAGGACCUUCUCCCCUAGCAGCGAGAGCUGUUCCCCCAGUCACAGCCUCUCCCCCCGCCUGGAGCUGUCCUCACCCAUGCACAGCCUGUCCCCGAGAGCAGAACUACCCUCACCCGGGCGCCAAGUAUCACCCUCCCCCGAAAGAGGACCGUCUCCCAUCAGGCCCGUUUCGCCGCAUCGUCCCAGCUUGCCGGGCUGCUACAGGUUAUCACAAGCUAGGACCCCACCCUUGCCGAUUGGAGUGCAGCAGCGGACCCUUGGAUACCUUCCUUGGGACCACCACGGCACAAAGACUACUCAGAUGAAAGUAGACAGAAGUGGCACUGCAACGGACAGGCACUCAUUGGCAGACACCUUCUUAUUCCCGCCUGCUUUUCGUAUUUCCACGUGCGAGGGUUAUCCCGGCCACCGAGCAGCGGACAACAUCUUCAGCCAUCUUCCAAUGCACUCGCAACAAGCCAAGGUCCCCUAUUUGAUGAUUCCCAUCGGUGGGAUUCAAAUGGUCCAAGCCAGGCCAAGGUCUAAUCCUUCCACUCCCUUGACCCCGAUGUCUCCUUCCGCGGAGGGGCCAUCACCGGCCAGACUUGACUCACUCUGGGGCGGGACCCCAGGACCUCAAGGGAGUAGGACUCCUGGGAGUUACUGGCCAGUGGACUACCAGGCAGCAGGAAGCAGCCAGUCAGGACAAAUCAUGUGUUCCAAACUGGAGUUGGAGACCACGGACUCAAAGCAAUAUGGCAGCUCACAAAGCUCCGCCCACACGUGCAGGCGCGCUACUGAGUCGAGCCAACGUCGCAGCGAAGACGGACGCACCUUCAGUCUAGCAGCCCCUGAAUCAGAGCGCCUGAUUGGACAGCAGCCAGAGACUGAGAGCAGAGCGACGGUGGACGCAGCUAGAGAAAAGCGGAGCACCUAAUUCGAUGCAUCUCCAACUUGCUUUUCCAGUCGCUACAUUCGUCUUGUUUUUUUUUUUCCAAUUGCUUUCUUUUUUAUACAGUUUUCAAUACUAUUGUUAACUUAAAUGUUUGUUCUUUGGCAAUAUUCAGGUUUGUCAUAAAAAAUGCACUUUUUGUUUUCUUUGUGGAAAAUAAUGUUUCUGUAAUGUAUAUAUACAAGAAUUAUAUAUGAUUAUACACACACACACACACGAUUGAUACUGGUAAUGCUACUGUCUGUUUGAAUAUAUGUCAAGAGUAAUACAAACAUGUGUAAAUGACCAAAAUCUUAAAUCAAACUGAAUUACUCCCCCCACUUCCACCCCCCCCUCAGUAUUACUCCACUUAUAGUUACUUGUGCCUUUUCUGUCCAGGUUUGUGUUUUGAGGUGUAUAGUACAGAUAGAAAAUGAGAAGGCUGUGAAAUUUUAUAUUGGACUUUUGUGUCAUCAAGGAAGAUUUAUAUUUGGUGUUUUGUUUUUGUUCUUAAUACUGUUGCUUUAAUUCCAGGGUAACCAAGAGUCACAUCGACGAUUUGUUGAAGGAGCAGCAGAAACUUGUCAAAGGAAUUGCACUGAAGUUCUAUUUUUUAUUGUAAGAGACUUUGGAUGAGAAAUCUCCUUACAGGGAAGAGCGCUCCUUAUUUAUUGCUAUUUGAUGACAAUGAUCAUUGUUUCGGAAUUGUUGUUGUUGCUGUUGUUGUUUUAUUUUUACUCUGUUCAACGGGAAAAGAAUGUUUCCUUUUCUUACUUUUUUUCCAUGAUAUUAAUGCAAUUUCAAUUGGGGACAAAGAUAAGGGAUGGAGUUUGAUUGGUACCGGCGGAUUAAGUGCCCUGCAAAUUUUACACAGCAAAAUUUGCAGUCAUUGGCAAAAAAAUAAAUAAAAAUAUUGCACCAAAGA